AUGUUGAGAGACUUUAAAUUCAUGCGUCGAAAUUCAUCUUCUAAGAAUGACGAAAUCGAGAACGUUCCGGUGAACCCUGGAGACUCUUUCAGUUCUCAAUCGACUAGCAGUACGGACUUGUUCAGGCCUCCACUGAAUACACUAAACCCUAAACUUGAACACGAACCUACGAGUACGACUACUCGAACUAGGAUUGAUAAGACGCCGACCAAGCCGAUUAAGCCCCGAAAUGCUGAUCAAGGGCUGCCUCUUCGCACUCCAGAUAAGCAUGGCAUGGGGUUUUCUUCGAAGCAUCGAUUUGGGUGGGCCAACAAAAAUGAUAAUUCGACUGGACCGAGUGAAUUGCGUGAUGAUUCGAAGAGUAUGACUCCAAGAGUGAGUAGGGGGGUGGGGAAGGCGAGUUCGGCUUAUAGUGAGAGUAAUUCCACGCAGAGUACGCCUACGAAGAGUGUGAGUAAGCCUCCAAGUUCGGCGUAUAGGAGUAAGGCUGUUGGGAAUUUUGGUGCAUUGUAUAAGGGGAUUCCGGUUACUGGUGGGCUACCGCCCACUGUUGUUAAUACUGCUGAAGUUUCUCAUUUUGAUCUCAAGGAAGAUCCAUCUUUCUGGAUGGAUCAUAAUGUACAGGUUCUUAUACGUGUACGCCCUCUCAAUGCUAUGGAAAAGAGUACACAUGGUUACAGUAGAUGCUUGAAGCAAGAAAGUGCUCAGAGCAUCACUUGGAUUGGGCAACCAGAGAAUCGAUUUACUUUUGAUCAUGUAGCAUGUGAAACGGUGGACCAGGACAUGCUUUUCAGGAUGGCCGGUCUGCCAAUGGUGGAGAAUUGCUUGUCUGGUUACAACAGCUGUAUGUUUGCCUAUGGACAGACAGGAAGUGGAAAGACAUAUACAAUGCUUGGAGAGAUUGAAGAAUUAGAAGUUAGGCCAAGUCCACAUCGAGGAAUGACACCACGGAUAUUUGAGUUCUUGUUUGCGAGGAUCCAAGCUGAAGAAGAAAGCCGAAGAGAUGAGAAAUUAAAAUAUAAUUGCAAGUGUUCUUUCUUAGAAAUAUACAACGAGCAGAUUACAGACCUCCUUGAUCCCUCAUCUACCAAUUUGAUGCUGCGUGAGGAUGUCAAGCAAGGAGUCUAUGUGGAAAAUCUCUCUGAAUUUGAAGUUCAAACAGUGGGUGAUAUAUUAAAGCUCCUAACUCAGGGUUCUUUAAAUAGAAAAGUUGCAGCCACAAAUAUGAAUCGAGAGAGCAGUCGUUCACAUAGUGUCUUUACUUGUGUAAUUGAGAGUAAAUGGGAAACGGAUUCCACAACUAACCUAAGGUUUGCAAGGCUAAACCUAGUUGAUCUCGCUGGUUCUGAGAGGCAGAAAACUUCAGGGGCUGAGGGUGAGCGUUUGAAAGAAGCUGCUAAUAUUAACAAAUCAUUGUCUACGCUAGGUCAUGUAAUUAUGAUUCUAGUGGAUGUGGCGCAUGGGAAGCCAAAGCAUAUUCCGUAUAGAGAUUCAAGGCUGACAUUUCUUCUCCAGGAUUCUCUUGGUGGAAACUCAAAAACGAUGAUCAUUGCUAAUGUCAGCCCUUCUAUCUGCUGUGCAGCGGAAACACUGAACACUCUAAAGUUUGCUCAGCGAGCAAAGCUUAUUCAGAACAAUGCUGUGGUGAAUGAAGAUUCAACUGGAGAUAUCAUUGCACUACAACACCAGAUCAGGCUUCUGAAGGAGGAGCUUGCUAUUCUCAAACGUCAGAACGUUUCCAGGUCCUUGUCAUUUGGUUCAAUAACUGUAGAUACAGUGCAUGGACGAGAAGAUGCUUGCAUGGAUAACACAGAUGAAGUGGAUCAGCAUCAGGUUGAUCAUUUUCUUGGAUAUGAAUCCAAAGGCAUUGUCAGAUUGUCUAUGAAGCAGUUAAAAUCAUUGGAGACAACACUAGCCGGUGCCUUGAGAAGGGAGCAGAUGGCUGAAACUUCUAUCAAAAAGCUUGAAGCUGAAAUUGAACAAUUGAAUCGUUUGGUUCGUCAAAGAGAGGAAGACACCAGGAGCAGUAAAAUGAUGCUCAGGUUUCGGGAGGACAAGAUUCAAAGAAUGGAGUCUCUACUUGGUGGGUCAUUGCCUGCUGACCCUUUUCUAUUGGAAGAAAACAGAGCGCUCUCUGAAGAGAUUCAGCUGCUUCAAGCUAAAGUUGAUAGGAAUCCUGAAGUAACUCGCUUUGCAUUGGAGAACAUAAGGCUAUUAGAUCAACUCAGAAGAUUUCAAGAGUUCUAUGAAGAAGGGGAGAGGGAGAUACUGUUGGCUGAAGUUUCCAAUCUGCGCAAUCAGCUGCUUCAGUUUCUGGAUGAUACCUCUAAGCAACACAAUGAUACAAAUAUGGAAAUUCAACCACAGGAAGCUGUGUGUGUUAGCAAAGAAAACAAUACUCUCCAACUAGAGCUGCAAAACGCUGUCAAUGAGUUGGAGUCAUGUAAGCAUAAACUAACCGCCUGCUUAGAGGAAAAUGCAAAACUUAGCAGAGAAAUGAAUGAUCUACGGGCUAUGUUAAACAACCUCAAAUCUGCCUCCUAUAGCCAAGAUAAUAACACUGGCAACUCAAAGGUACUUUUAUCUUUUAGAUCAGUUCAGAACGAGGUGAAGGCACUGAAGGGGAUGCAUGAUACUAUGGUGAUGAAACAUGUUGAAGAAAUCAUGGAUUUGCAGCUGGAAUCUGAUAUACUAAAAAUUAUUCUCAAAGAGGAGAGGUCAUCUCGUCUUGAAAUAGAGGAAAGAGAGACAUGCUUGAAUAGAGACCUUGAGCUGGCAAAAGACCAACUUUUGUUAAUGUGCAAACAAUAUGAAGAUGCAGACAGGGAACUGAAAGAUGCAAAGUCUGUGAUUGAAGCUUUGGAGUCACAACAGAUUCUAUCAAUCAACGAGAUGGAGGACCUACGGAGAAGUAAGAGCCAUUAUGUGAAAUGUCUUAGUGAACAAGAACUUGAAAUUAAUGCUUUGAAGGAUCAACUUUUUAGCAAAGAGUUAAGAGAUCAAGCACCCUCUUACCAUUUGAAGAGUGAGGAUUCUACCUUGCAGGCAAAGCUGAAUAGGAUGCAUGAUUCUCUUGAUAAGGCUAAGAGACUAAAUAUGUGGUACCAAAGAGAUCGUGAUUGUCAUGUGUCUAAUGAAGAAGAAAUGGAUGAGAUUCGUCGGCAGGUUGAAGGUGAAACUGCUGAGGUCAUUGUCUGUAUGCAGGAAGAGCUUGCCUCUCUUCAGCAGCAGGUCCAAGAUUUUAACUUGAAAGAGAUGGAGACUAAAAAUAAUAUGAUGUUAUUGGAAACUGAAUUGAAGGAGCUUAAAGAGAAACUAGAUCUGACUACUGCAAAUAAUAAAUGUUUACUUGGGAAGCUCGAGGAGAAAGAUGGGGAUCUGAGAGCAUUAUCUGAGGAAUGGGAACUUUUGGCUAGCGAAGUUGAAGAAGUUUUGGCUCAUGGGAAUGAGACACUGAUUGAUGCCUCUGAUCAGCUUGACCUUAUUUCAUGUUCCUUUCCACAGAAAAGGAUCUGGAUUUCUGAACAGCUUGGUCAGUUGGUUAGAAUUAUCUCUGAAAAAGACCUUUUGAUUGAAGAACUCAGUAGAUGCUUAGAAGAUGCAAAUAGUAAAAGAAGUGAAGUGGAGUGCAUGUUGAAGUCCUUGCGAGGGGCAGCAUUAGUUAUUAAUGAAGCACACCAGCAAGAAUGCCAUGAAAAAGGGGAAGAAAUUCUCCUGUUGAAGUCAGAAUUGACUGAGAAAACAUAUACCAUAGUAAGGCUGGAGGACAGAAUGAAGCUGGCAGAAAAACACAUCAGUAAAAUGUCAAAUUGUGCUACAGUGGCCUUUGUAUUAGUUAAUAGAUUGUCAGAGACCAGUGACAAUCAUCUAAAUGCAUUAAAGAACAAGGAUAUCAAGCUUAAGGAAUCAGCAGAGAUGAACCUGAAGAAGGAUGCUCUUCUAAGUGAUCAGGCCGCUGCAAUUGAAGAGGCGGAGAAACAGAUUCGGUCACUGAGAAAGGAAGUAACAGAGAUGGAGGAAACCUAUGCUGAGCUUGUUCAGAAGCUCUCUGACGAGGAGCGACGUGCUUGUGCUAUGGAACAGAAGCUUGAAGAUAUUGAAAAAAAUGACAUUUCAAUGACAAGGGAGAAAUUAACAGAGCUAACAGCUGGUGUAUCCUCACUGAAGUCAUGCAUGGGCUUGCAUUUGGAAGAUAAUGGAAGCCUUGAAAGAUAUGAUGCUCAAAGGGAUUGUACAUCUUUUGAUGGCGCUGGUGAAGGACGGACAUGUAAAGAUGGUGUAGAUGUCCAUACUGUUCGGGAUAUGAGAACCUAUAAUUCCGAGUGCUCUUCAUAUGUCCAGAAACAGAUGGAUUCCAGAAAAUCUUGUAAGGAUGUUCGUGAAAAAGAUAUUACCAUUGUACUUCUGAAAAAGGAAAUAGAAUCUGCUUUACAAAGCUUAAAAGAGGUUAAAGCUGAGAUGGCCAGACUAAACAAGGAGAAAGAAGAGAUGCUGAUGUCUAAGAAACAGAAUGAGAAAAGCAUGAAAUGUCUCAGAAGUCAGGUACUUACCCUUCAAGCAGCUAUGAGUAACUUUGAGAAGCAAUCAGAACUCAAGAUACAAACUGUCAACCACAAGCUCCAGGCAUUUGAACAGAUUGUGCAAGAAGCUGGAUCUCAUUGGAACCAAACAAAAGAGAUUCUUGAAGUCGAAUUUGGUGAUGCGAAGAUAGUUGCAGCUCAGAAAGCUGCAGAAGCUUUUUGCAUUUUUUCUAAAUUUGAAGAGGCCCAAGAUACCAUUAGAGAAGCAGAUAUUAUGAUCAAUGGGCUAAUUUUAGCUAAUGAGACAAUGAAGCUGGAUAUACGAAGGCUGAAACAAACAGAAGUCACAUUGAACAAUGAGAGAGAUACACUAAUGAAUGAGGUCCUUAGCUUGCAAUCCAUCAAUAGUCAGAAGGAUCAGCAAUUUGAGAACCUUGAAAAGCAGUUUGGCUCAAACCUGAUAGAAACGAGGAAUCUGGUUGUGGAGUUGGAGCAUAUUAUUGCAGAUGUGCAGAAUACUUUUACAGAGAAGUUUAUGCCUUUAGCUUGUGAUUUCCAAUCCAUAAAAUCUUUACUCUCAGACUCGAAAAAGUUGGUGCGGUCAUGGCUGGAAGAUGUUUGGGCUGAGAUUAUUGUGAAGGACUGUGCCAUGGCUGUGCUACACCUCUGUCACAUGGGACUUUUAUUGGAAAGUGUGACAGGGCUGAAUGCUGAAAAUGGUUUGCUUCAACAUGGCCUCAGUGAAUCAAACUCUGUUAUAGCUGAUUUGAGAGAGCACAAUUUCAAAUCAAUAAGAGAACUUGAAAUGUGUAGAGUUCUUAAGGGGAAACUAUUGGCUGACAUCAAGAGAAGUUUUGAUCAGAUCUCCAGGAAGGAAGAGGAAGCUGGGGAGCUUAGUGGCAAGUUAAUCAGUUUUGACAAAAAGAUAUUAGACUUGCAGCUCCAAGAGGAGUUGAUGUUUCAAAGGUCUAACUAUAUGGGAUCUCAGCUUGCUAUUCUAAUGAAGGAUUUGGACUUGAGUAACACAAACAUUGUGUUGUCCCUCAGGGAUCAAGAGAAACUGCUACAAGAUAAAGAGGAGCUUCUGAAAUCUGAGGCUGAGUUCCUCCUGAUUGAUUUGUGCUCGAAAGAGCUUGAGUCACUUGUUUUUGCAUCACAGUUAGAAGAGAUGGCUCUUCAAAAAACUGAAGCAGAGAGAAUGAAUAUCAGUUGUGGUGCUGUCUUUGAUAACUUAAAGGAAGUAAUGAUCUUCUCCAAGGUAGAUGCAGAGUUGAAGAAAGUUGAGGCUACCCUUCUACAAGAGGAAGUUGAAGAAGCACAGAACAAUAGGCAUGAGAUGCAGUCCAAGCUGGAGCAAAGUUUCCUGAGAAUUACACAGAUGGAUGUAGCAAAGAAGGCUCUUGAACAAGAUAUUCAGUCGCUACAGGAUUCAAACAGGUUGUUGCAAAAUGAAGUUGGAGAAAUUACAGAAACUAAGGUGAGCUUGCUAAAUCAGGUUCAAGCGCUUGAAGCUGAAUGCAACAAAUUGCAGAAAGAUCUCAAGAUAAAAGGAACAGAACUAGAAUCUUCUUUAAGGUCUGUCUCUUUACUUGAUCAACAAAACCAAAAAUUGAAGGAGGACAUUUGCUUGCUGGAAACUUCAUCGUGCAAUCUCAAAAAGGAGUUGGACAUGACAGAUGUGGAGCUAAGCAGAAUGAGAGGCUUGGAAGAGGAAAACAACUUACUGAAAAACGAGGUAAGGAAGUUGCAGACUGAAAACAAUUUGGUUCUGCAGGAUUUGGCAGAAAAGAAAUCUGAAUUUGAAUCAUCUCUUAGCCACAUUGAUACCCGUGACAUGGAAAAUCACAGGUUGCGAGAUAAAGUUUUUUCCUUGGAGACGUGCAUUGCUGGUUUACAGACUGAUAUGGAGAUGAAAAAUGCUGAACUUUGUGAACUCCACCAUACUCAAUCCAUCACUCUGCAGGAUCUCAGCUCAAAAGGCCAGGAAAUUCAAAUCUAUAUGAACAGAGUAAAUAUUUUGAGGGAAGAGAAUGUUUUCCUCAGGAAUGAUGUUAAGAUUCUAGAAAAUGAUAAGCGUAGAGCUCUGUCCAUGUCAAGCCAGAACAUUUCGAAGUGUGUUGAUUCAGUAAAAGCAGUAGAUAUGAUCUGUAGCAGGUUAUUAAACAAAAUAUAUGAAGAAGGUUUUAUGAUCGCAGAUGAAAUGUUUCAAGUUAUAUGUGAAAAUGCAGAGAGCAUAUCUAAGUUCAUUAAAGGUUUUGAAUGCUUAGAGUGCCAUGUGGAAGAGCUGAUUUCUCAAAACAGAACUCUUCAGGCUGAGCUAUCAAGGAAGGAUGAAGUUUUAGUAGGACUGUCAUUUGAUCUGAGCCUACUGCAGGAGUCUGCCUCCAACACCAAGGAUCAAAAAGAUGAAAUUGAGGAAAUGGUGGCAUCUUUGGAAGCGUUAGAAGAUGAUCUUGCAUUGAAGUCAAGUGAGCUUGAUGAGGCUGUUGCACAUAGGCAUAUGCUUGAAGCACAAUUGCAGGAGAAGAUAAAUGAGAUUUCCACUCUUCAGAUUGAUAUAUCAGGAUACCAGGAAACCCUAAAAUUGCUUUCCAGUGAAAAUGGGGAGCUGAAAGCUCACAUUGAAGAUACCUUGGCAGCAAAAAGUUCUACUGAGGAAGAACUAGGGGAGCAAAGAAAGAUAACAAAGAGCUUGGAGAUGGAACUCGAAGAAAUGGGUAAUGCUCUUGGAGAAAUGAACGAUAUGAUUGAAUCCUUGAGAAGCAAUGUAAAUGAACUUACUGUUGAGAGGGAUCACCUUCAGACAGAACUUGUUACUUUGAAAGAAAAGCUUGAAAAGGAACAGGCUCGUGCAGAAGAAAUUGAAGCAACUGCUAUCGAAGCUCAACAGUUAGCUGAAGCAACAAAGAUCUAUGCUGAGGAAAAGGAAGCAGAGGUGAAGCUUUUAGAGAGGUCUGUUGAAGAGCUGGAAUGUACUAUAAAUGUACUGGAAAACAAGGCUGACAUUGUUAAAGGAGAAGCUGAACGACAACGGUUGCAAAGGGAAGAGCUGGAACUGGAACUUCAUGCUGUAAACCAUAAGAUGCAGAAUGUUGAAAGUUCAGAUGCCGACGUUAAAAGGCAUUUUGAUGAGAAGGAGAAAAACCUUCAACAGGCCAUGAAGCAAAUACAAUUUCUCGAGAUGGAUAUAGCUGACAAGGAUGCAGAGAUUGCCCAAUGCAAAGCACAUAUCUCCGAGUUAAAUUUGCACGCAGAAGCACAGGCUAUUGAGUACAAGCAGAAGUUCAAGGCAUUGGAAGCAAUGGCCGAACAAGUCAAACCUGAUAACCACUCCACCCAUGGAAGCAAUUGUUCAUCAAACAAAAUAGAAAGAAAUACCUCCAAACCUAGGGGUUCAGGUUCCCCUUUCAAAUGCAUUGGGUUGGGCUUGACCCAGCAAAUAAAAAUGGAGAACGAUGAGGAGCUUACUUCUGCCAGGCUUCGGAUUGAAGAGUUACAAUCUUUGGCAGUAAAUCGACAGAAAGAGAUAUUCUCGUUGAAUGCCAGAUUAGCAGCUGCAGAGAGCAUGACCCAUGACGUAAUUCGAGAUUUACUAGGAGUCAAAUUGGAUAUGACUAAUUAUGUGUCGCUGUUAGAUAACCAGCAUGUUCAGAAGAUAACAGAGAAGGCACGACUUAAUAAUUUAGAAUCUAAAGUAAAGGACCAGGAAGUGAUCAAGCUUAAGCAUCAGCUCAAUGAAUUUAUUGAGGAGAGGAAAGGUUGGCUAGAGGAAAUUGAACGAAAGCAGACUGAGAUGUUAGCAGCACAAGUUGCUUUGGAAAAACUUCGUCAACGAGAUCAAACACUAAAAACAGAAAAUGAAAUGUUGAAGAUGGAGAAUGUAAAUUAUAAGAAGAUGGUGAUGGAACUUGAAGGUGAAGUAAAGAAACUUUCAGGCCAGCAAAACAUUCAUCAGCGCAUUCAUCAUCAUGCCAAAAUUAAGGAUGAAAACAAUAUGCUUAAGAUGCAGAAUGAAGACCUUAAUGCUAAACUACGGCGAACUGAGAUUAACCUUUUGCGUGUCAAGGAAGAGCUUUCUCAAUAUCGUGCUUCCGUUGGGAAAAAUUCUUACAUAAAUUUUGAUAUGGAGGAACGGUUGAAUAACAAACUGAAGGAAAAUGAGGAGGAAAGAAUGCAAUUAGCACAGAAGUUAAUCGGCUUAUGUACUAGCAUUUUGAAGGCGGCUGGAAUAACAAAAUCCGCGGCUGAUGUGAGCCCUGCUGUCGCUGAAGAGGCACUUGAACAUCUCAAAAAUAGAAUCACUUCACAGGAAAGAGAACUGCAAAAUUUGAAGUUACAGACGAGAAUCAACAAUGAAAGAAAUCGAUUAUCCGAGAUCAUACCACCGCAGUCUUCACUGGUAAGCCUAAGGGCAGAUGAGAAUUGUCAAAGUCCUAAAAGGGUAUCGCCAUCUCGAUUUCUUUCUGCUUUGGAUCGAUAAGCACAUAUGUACAGUAAAUGUCACACUCAUACAAGCUGAGCUGGUGUAUGUUUCUUAAUCUUCAUUUUAUACUUGAUUUUUUGUUUUUGCUGGUUAAGGUGUACAUAAAUUCUUUGUAAGAAAUGUAAUAUUCCAGUGUAAAUUUUGUAUAAUGUAAUCGAUAUCAAUCUCCCCAUCUUCUUUCCUGUAUUUACUCUAAAGUUUGUUGAUGAUAGAGUGAUU